CUCAAAAGUUUUUCACACCACAGAAAUAAUAAAAAUUUUCUGAGAUGGUUUUCAGCUUAUUUAGCAUUUAAUUAGACAAAUAAAUGCUGAAUAACUACAACUCGAUAGACUGAAAAAAUUAUUUAUCUAAUCCUAAUAUUAAACAAUUAACUACGUAAGAUAAUAAUGCAGUGAUUAGUGAAUGUUUGCCUUUUUAAAUUGAAGUACAUUACUUUCGAGAUCCAACACUAAUUAGAUUCAAUUGAAAUAAAGUAGAAAAUGUGGGGUAAAAUGAAAUAUAAAAGAUCUAUAGUUUUCGUGCUUGUAUUUUUGGCUAGUUUGUAUUUUAGUGAAGCUCAAGUUGAUGUUGAACAACUUCCUGAAGAAGUUACACUACCUCCAACAGGUGACAAGGCCACCAAAGGCGGCAAAAUAAUCAACGUCAAAGAUGUGGGAUUCAUCCAUGGAUUCGUCGCCAGCUUUUCCGUCAUCCUUGUCUCGGAAAUCGGCGACAAAACGUUUUUUAUUGCCGCCAUAAUGGCCAUGCGACAUCCUAGAUUAACGGUUUUCACCGGUGCCAUAUCUGCCUUGAUUGUUAUGACAAUAUUAUCAGCCCUUUUUGGUUGGUUAGUAAACGUAAUCCCUCGAGCCUACACAUUUUACAUAAGUACAGCCCUAUUCGCAAUUUUCGGUCUGAAAAUGCUAAAAGAAGGCUACUCCAUGUCUCCAAACGAAGGCCAAGAAGAAAUGGACGAAGUGCAAAAUCAACUUAGAAAUAGUGACGAACAGUUGGAAAGAAGUUCCAAUAUAGACGUUGAAGUGGCUUCAAGUAGACGAUCUAAACCUACAAGCGCUUUGGCAGCUACCUUAAGGAUAUUAGUUCAAGCUUUUACAUUGACAUUUUUAGCCGAAUGGGGCGACAGGUCGCAAUUGACUACUAUUUUACUUGGAGCCAGAGAAAAUGUUUAUGGUGUAAUAUUGGGAGGUGUUAUAGGACAUUCGAUAUGUACCGGAGUGGCAGUAUUAGGCGGUAGAAUGAUUGCGCAGAAAAUUUCUGUUAGAACUGUAACAAUUAUUGGAGGUAUAGUGUUCCUUCUGUUUGCCUUUUCGGCAUUAUUUUUCGAUCCCAAUAUGGGCGAGGAGGAAACCAAAACAGGCAACUGAAUAUUAGGAUAUAAAUUUUUGUGUAUAUAAAAAAGUACACAGCUCCUGCUUGAAUGUAAGAACUUCCUUAUUUUACAGGACAGUAUAUAAAUACGAAGUUCAUUGACCAAUGUUGUCAGAUUAACAUAAAUCUAAACCCCAUAAGCUAGUCCAAUGAUCUGACAACGUUGUUUCCGCAUCAAAUUCUAUUUUGUAUUUAAAAAAAACUUGCAGCCCAAAAUACAAUUUUGCCACCCUUAUUUUAUUGAAAAGAUGCAAAUAUUUUAUGCAUUCAAAGGUGGUAAACCUGUAAGUGUACAUAAUUAUUCCAUAGAACUUGUUCUAUCUAUAAGUAGGUAUUAUACCAAUUCUAUUUUUUUAUUGUUUUGCUAUUUUGUACAGAUUUUUUUUGUUUGUUUAGUGAAAAUAUUAGGAGUUUGUUUCGACAAAACAUUUUUGUUUGAACAACCUUAUUAAGAUUCAAAAUAUUGUCCUUUAUAUUGUGAUUAUGUAUAUUUUGUUUAAUUUUUAAGUGAUAUUUUAAAAAGAAAAUUAUGUACUUAUUUUGCAAAUUAAUACUCUUUAUUAUAUGCAUCUUGGAACUAGAACAACAAAUUAGAGAUUGUUUUUAUAUACAACAAUAAAUUAAAAUUAAUUAUUUAAUCUGUGUUUCAUUUUUCUCUCCUUAUUAAUUAUAGUGUGUGAUUUAUGCAAUUUGAACAAGAUUGUUGUGGGUUUUUUUUUAAAUUUUGACAACUGUCAAUGUCAAAAAUUUUUACCUUUUUUUUUUCUCAAAAAACAAAUGUCAGAA